AAAGUAUUCGAGCAAGAAGUCAAGAUACUUCAGAGUAUCAGACAUCAUCAUAUCGUCGGUCUGGUCGCGAGCUUCACGGAUCUGGAAAGCUUCUCACUCAUCCUGGAUCCAAUAGCUGAUAUCACACUCUCAAAGAUGUUAAAACAAGAUAAAUCACUCUCAGACAAAGAUAUUGCUACCUUACGUUGCUCUUUCAACUGUCUUGCGACAGCCUUGACUUUCCUCCAUGCAAAUUCUGUGCGACAUAAGGACAUUAAGCCGAGCAACAUCUUAUUGAGUGAAGGACGUGUAUUACUUUGCGAUUUCGGUAUCUCGCUCGAAUGGACAGAGGGUGACAACGGUACCACUGAAGGGUGCUAUCCGAGUUUCACACGUCGUUAUGCCGCUCCCGAGGUUCUCCGUAGUGACGCCAGUCGAAACUCCAAAACUGACGUCUGGUCUCUCGGUUGCGUAUUCCUUGAGAUAGCAAGCGCCAUUAAGGGGAUCUCUUUCGAUGAU